GAGCGGCUGGCGACACUUUCUUUCGAGACACCGUGCAAGCAUAAGCGGCGAUGAUGGCUUCAAGGACUCGUGGUGUCGGUGCCGUGCUACUUUGGGCAUUGCUGAUCGGCCCUUGUCGAGCGCAGCUGAAGGCAGGGUGCAAGCUGGAGACUCUCCGGGCUUGCGGCGACGACUACGUGCCAUACGCGAAGACAACACAGCUUCACUCUUCUGGGGAAAACUUCAAAAAGUCUUGCGCGAGCCACAAACAGCAGAUCGCGUGCACUGAAAAGUUCGUCAACGAGUGCAUGGAAGGUGUGACCAAGGUCGCUUCGUUGCCGGUUGUCCGUGGUUUUAAGGAGAACGUGGAAGGCAUCUGCAACGUGGCUUCAAAACAACACGAAUCGUUUGCGAAAGCCGUCGGCUGCAUAAACUCUGUCGGCACAGAGCUGAACUCAUGCUGGACGACCUUCCGAGAAAGCGUUCGGAGAGCUGUACUCAAGGCACGCACUAAUGAAGUAAUCUUCUACACGUGCUGCUCAUUCCAAGAAUUGACGAGUUGUGCCAAGAAGCCGCUGACACCAUGCGAAAGCAGCGGCGGACAGCGCAUCGCCCUCGACUGGAUGGAUGGAGUGUUCAGAGAGUCGUUGAGUCUACUGUGCGGCGACUACGAAAAAGGAUCCCAAGCUUGCAAGGCACUACCCAAACUGCCCGAUCUGAGCGCCAACGAUCGCAAGAUUGAGAACUUAAUUGAGCUUUUGGCGGAAGUGGCCGUUGCUGUCGGCCACAAAAACUAGCUGGUUGUUGCAACGUAAGCAACCAUCACCUUGAAGUUCCCUAUACCUACGCAAAGUGAACUUCUCGCACACAUAAUUGGUACACGAUACGUGAGAGUGUCAAAAAGAAUAAACGUCUUGCUCAUUGGUGAAAUUACA